UUACCGGAGCUGUCAGCUCGGCUGCGGGAAGGUUUCCUCCGCUCUCCCCGUCCAGUCUUCAGCUAUAGACCGACCGACUGACUGCUGCUAGCGGGGCAGGCUCGUCUUGCCUUUUGUUAGCUAGCACCAAGAAAAAGACAGCCGCAUCCAUGCAGUAGUAGACUUUUUUUUUUGGAAAAUGAUCAUCUGUACGAAUAAAAUGGAGUACCCCCUAAGAACCCAGUGUCAGCGAGUCCACAAACAGGUAAUGGUUAACGGUGAGAAGGAGCGGGUGUCACUGCUGUUCAUGAAGGCUCUGGUCAGCAGGGGGAGCGUGGACGCUGUGUCCCAGCAGAUGGCCUCUCACCCUCAGUACUUGGAGAGCUUCCUGCGCACACAGCACUACAUCCUGCACAUGGACGGCCCCUUGCCGCUGCCGUACCGCCAUUACAUCGCCAUCAUGGCCGCGGCACGACAUCACUGCAACUACUUGGUGUACCUGCACUCAGCCCAGUUUCUGAGAGUCGGCGGGGACCCUCUGUGGUUGCAGGGUUUGGAGGCAGCGCCCCCUCGCCUUCGUCUCCUUGACCACAUCAACAAGGUGCUGGCCCACCAACCCUGGCUCACCGCCUGCUCACACAUCCAGACGCUGCUGAAGUCAGGCGAGCAGUGCUGGUCACUGGCCGAGCUGGUGCAGGCCGUGGUGAUCCUGGCCCACUGCCACUCCCUCUGCAGCUUUGUGUUUGGAUGCGACACAGACUCAGACUUUGUCCCUCUCUCCAAGUCUCCUAACGGUACCCCGCCAACCUUCUGCCCCUUUGAUGCUGCCAAUGGCAACACCAACGUGCCUCAGUUGCUCGCCACUCCCUCCGAACACAUAACACGAAGACGGUCUCUGGACUCCAGUUCUGACAUGGUGUAUCUGAAGGAGAGGAUCCAGAAGUCCCAGGAGGAGCGAGAGAAGAGAGAAGAGCGUCUGCUGCAGACACAAACACUCCAGCAAACAGAUAUGGAAGAAGAAGAGGAGAUGAUAUGCUUCGCAGACCCGACACGUUUUAUCACAGACCCUGACCUAUGCUAUCAGGAGUUCGCUCGUAGGGAGGAAGACCACUUCCAAGUAUUUAGAGUUCAGGACUACUCGUGGGAGGACCACGGCUUCUCCUUAGUCAACAGGCUGUACUCGGACAUCGGGCACCUGUUGGACGACAGAUUCAGGAGCGUGACCACCCUCCCCUCAAUGCACAGCCCCGACCUGAAGAGGGCGAUCUGGAAUUACAUCCACUGUGUGUUAGGAAUACGGUAUGAUGAUUAUGAUUACGGAGAAGUGAACCAGUUGCUGGAGCGGGAUCUGAAGCUGUACAUCAAGGCUGUGGCCUGUUUUCCUGAUGCCACCAAAACUCCAGUGUGUCCGCUGAGUUUGGCUCCGCUUAAAACUUCAGAACGGAUACACAUUAAUUUACUAAUCAUGGAGGCCCGGCUGCAGGCCGAGCUGCUAUACGCCCUGAGAGCCAUCACUCAGUACAUGAUCGCCUAAGUGCUCGGAGAGGCACGAAGCUAAAACUCUCCGCCGGUACAGAGAGGCCCAGAGACGCGAGGAUGAAGAAAUCUCAACAGCGGACGGUGAAGUGGGACGAGAGCGGCACUUUUAAGGACACAGAGCUCCAUCGUUUUGUAGCUGUGCCUCAUGAAUGUGCUUUUCUUUUUCUCAGAUUUAAUGUAUUUAUACCAUAGUGUGCCACGCCCCCCUCCUCCUGCAGACUCUCCUGUUGUUAAGUCCUUUUGUCCGACAUCUCGGCUCUCAAACGUUAUGUGCAAUUAUUACUAGAGUUGUUUUAAUUUUUACCUGUUGUUUUGUGUUCGAGCUCGGUCUGAGAGAAACUGCGUGGUUGCAGCAGUCUGUUACAGAGGCCAACACUCUUCUUAGUUUGAUCCUGUUGUAUUAACUAUGCUUUCCCCAAAAAUAUCUUUUUGUACCUGAUGAAUGUCAGUGGGAGACCAGGGCUUCUGUUAUUAUUUUUGGACAAUCCUCGUCAGUGUUGGAGGACGACAUUAAGUGGGCCGUGAAGGACGACAGUUUCGCUCUCCCUAACAUUUCGUAUUAAUGCUGGUCGAGAACAAACACAACAGUGACACUGCUGGAAGUUAA